AACGGAGAAGCGUCCCUGUUUGAAGUGAAUAUCCGUUAUGUUGGUGGGCUUCUCUCAGCAUAUUACCUGACAGGGGAAGAGGUAUUCAAGAAAAAAGCAAUUGAACUGGGAGAAAAACUGCUGCCUGUGUUUAACACACCGACCGGCAUCCCGCGGGGUGUCAUUAACCUGGGCAGUGGAGCAAGUUGGAGCUGGGGAUGGGCUUCUGCAGGAAGCAGUAUUUUGGCGGAAUUUGGCACUUUGCACCUUGAGUUUGUUCACCUUACUGAAGUAACUGGAAACCCAACAUACAGCGAGAAGGUGAUGAAUAUCCGCAAGGUCCUAAACAAAAUUGAAAAGCCUCAUGGACUGUACCCCAACUUCCUGAGUCCUGUGACUGGAAACUGGGUUCAAC